UCUCUUUAGUCAAAUAAUAGUCUCCAUGGACCAUGACUUUUACCUUGGCAGUUCUUGUCCGUCCCAGUUCCAAAGUAAAACUGGUCGGAUGUCCAAAACCCUCCGAAUCUGACUUGCUCUUUAACGCGGUCGCUCACUCUCCAUUCUCCAACACGCUUGUCUACUGCGUCGACAGAGAACUCUUCACUCAAACCAGACUCCAGAAACCCGGUGCAUGAAGGUUUAGGAGGUUCAAUUCUUAGUUAGAUCCGAUAACGGCAUGGAUCUUCAUUUGAAGAAUCUGUUUGAUAGAUUCCAGGAGCAAUUUGGGUCUGGUCCAGGGCUUGGUCUUGGAUCUGGGACAUGUCUCAUGAAGGUGGAGGGUAUUGCUCCUAAUUUUGUUAAGUCGUUAUUUAAAGCUUCAACAGCUCUAUAUAGGACUGAUCCCUGGAGAAGGUUGCGGCCAGGACAUCAUUUGGGUAUCAAGGUGGGGAAAGAUUUGGAUUGGUCCGGAAAGAAACAGCCUUUCCCAUGUGCUCAAUUCAUUGGAGGGGAUGGUGGGGAUAUAGGAUUCAUCAUGUUUCGAUCCUAUAAUGAUGCAAAGAAGAUGACAGGCUCGAGAGAGACUAUCCGGGUUCCGAACAUUGAGCUUUUAAGGGUUACGUAUGAACGUGAGUCAUUGAUGUUUCCUUCAAAUAGGAAAAUGAUCAAGUCUUUGUCACUGGAAGCAUCGGGGACUGAUCGUUUUCCUGUAAUUGAUGUUGCACGUUGCACAUCUUCAGGGGAUCUUCGUUUUAGGAACCCGACACUGGAGGAGCUUAGGUUUGUAUAUGCAUUCAUGAAAGCCACCUCUCUUGUACACCCAUUGCUUCAGGUAGAUAGGGAAGGUGGUCCAAAGUGGUCUAUGUUAAUGCACUUUGAACCAUUUAUUGAGACAGUUGAUGUUCAGUGGCCUCCAGAAUUGUCCAAGAGCAGUGACCUUGUUGCAGUUACAGUCUCACACCCACCUGGUCAGACAUACGAAGAAAAGGCUACUUCUACAGCUAGCUCUACUCCUACCAAGUAUGCAGAACCACCAAAGGAGGAUUCUUUUGUUGAUGUUAAAUUAUACUCAACAGCUGGCUGGAGGCAGUGUGAUAUGUGCGAUAAAGAAGUUCAUGGAGAACAGUGUCUCUAUUGUGGGCAGUUUUGAGCAGUGGUUUACUGCAGUUCUGUGUGCCAGAAUCAGUAUUGGGAGGAGACACGUAAAAGCAUGUGUGAUCUUUACAAGGUUAUGAUGGAAAAGCAUCUGUGGAUCAUUUACUUUUGCAUUGUGAGGUGGCAAUGGCUUUGUGGGAUGGAGUUUUUAGUAGAACUGGGUUGGCUUGGUGAUGCCUUUGACAGUGGUUGAUCUUCUUGCGUGUUGGAAUGGGCUAUGUGGUUGCUCUCAAGUGGCUGCGGCAUGGAAGAUGGUUCCUUUGUGUCUUAUGUGGUGUAUUUGGUUGGAAAGGAACGAGCAGUGUUUUAAUGAUAAGGAGCGUACUUUGGAGGAAAUUCGGAAUUUUUUUGUACACUCUUUAUUGCAUUGGUUCUUUGCUUUAGUGAUUAAUGGAGCUCCAGCUCAUGACUUUUUGUUGUCUUUUUCUGCUUUUUAGAAUGUAUUUAGGUGUUUUCUUUUGUAUGCAUCCUGUACAUGGGCUACUCCUAUUUCAUUCGUUUUAAUAAAAUUGUCUUUCUUACUUAUAAAAAAAAAUGAUGGAAAAUGAUGAAGAGGGCAGUAAAGAUGUUUCAUGUUCCCCUGUUCUGCUGACCAGCCUUGUAAAUGGCUUGAAUUGUUAGGCAUCCGUCAGAAGGGCAUGUGGAGGAGAAGUUGUAGUUGCUAUUCUCACUGCCCUUAUGGUCUCCUUCCUAUGAAAGGUGGGUUAUGGGAUUCAUGGGGUGGGCUUGAUGACGAAGAGCACCCUCAUGAUUGUCAAGUCCAAUCCUUCUUUCCGGUUGGUAAGAGUAUUAUAAUCUCAGGUCACUGCCAUUGUCAAGUCCUGUUGCUGACAUUCUUUCCCACCCGUUGACUGUUUAUGACAUCUUAACAGCUCUCAUAUUAGUUCAAAGAACCUUUUACUCAAGGGGAAGGAGGUGAUUCUUCGUUACCUGGAGCCUGAAGGGGAGUUGGACUGGAUGCCAGCACUUGCGGAGGUUGGUCAUUUACUCAAUGGGUUGGGCAAUAUACAAAUAGUAAUGGUGGGACCUGAAGUUCCAACAAAUCUAUCUGGUACGACUUCAGGAAUGUGUAGCAGAGUGAGGGUGAAUCUUGUGAGGGGUGUUUAUCAGGAGGAAGUUGCCUUCUCCGCAUGUUAGUGUUGCUAUGAAUUGUGGAUUGGAUAGCUAUGUGAGUUGGGCUGGAGCUCUUGAUAUGAUAAAAUCCAGGGGCACUCCUGCUUCUUCACAGAUCAAUCUGAAAUUUCAUGUGCAAAUGCUAAAAAGGUUCUUCGUAGUGCUGUACUGCAUAUCACACUACCUGUAAUGCCAAAGCCAUUUCGGGUGAAAAAUAAUGGGGCUUCUUGCAAUCUUCCCUCAUACAGCAAUGGUUUUGUGCUUGGGGUGAAUACAUGAGCUAGGAGCCAUGAAAUGCCUUGGCGAAUUUCUGCUGCUCUCUCUGCGAGGUGAUGGCAAUGACUUGCUUUUGAGACUGGGAGGACAGGUGAUGUAAUGUGAUCGAGUUCUUCAUACAAUUGAAAUCAUGAGCUUUUUUAUUGUGGACAUUCUUAAUGUUGUAAAACACUUCUUUUUUCAUUUUUUUGUUAUCAAUCUACCGUGAGCAGCUCACGAGUCACCAACAGACAUGAUCGACUGUUCGUUGCCAAUCUCUGGGAAUGUGUUUGUUCAUAAUGCAUUUCUUUAA